AUGGAGUACUGGAGAAGCCUUCCGGUGGAUGUGGCAGAAGAGAUACUCUCUAGGAUUCCGGCUAAAACUGUAGCACGAUUGCGCUCAACAUCGAAACAAUGGAAUGCUCUAUUGAAAUCUGAGAGCUUUGCUAAGAUACAUUCUGAUAAAGCACUAAAGGAGGAGUCUCUGGUUAUAAGUUUGAUUGAUUCUAUUUGCUUAGUGAGGAUGGACUUCCGUGCAUUUCACGGCAACAAGAUUGCUCCAUCUCUUAAGGUAGAACCUCAGUUCUACCUUAAAGAUCCCUUUUCUAGUUCUUCACAAGUCUAUAUAUGUAACGUAUUUCACUGCGACGGCCUAUUGCUAUGCACCACCGAGGACAAUAGACUCGUGGUUUGGAAUCCAUGUUUAGGGGAAACCACGUGGGUUAAACCUAGAGACUGUUAUAAAGAAUCUGACUACUAUGCUCUCCGUUAUGACAGCAAAUCUUCCUGCAAGCAAUAUAUAAUUUUGAGGGUGGAUCGUCAAGAUAUACCAAUCAAGAACGAGUACGAGAUUUAUGAUUUUACCUCUAAUUCGUGGAGAGUUCUUGGUGUGGCUACUGAUUGGUUUUUAGCACUAUAUCGUUGUGGCAUAUUUGAGGGGAAUACUUAUUGGGUAGCUACUCAAGCAGGGCGUCCACAUCAUGAUUUCUUACUAACUUUUGAUUAUUCAACCGAGAUGUUUCAAAGUCUAUCUAUUCCUCAUCCUUUUCCGCAUAGUAUAUCGGCUUUAUCAGUGGGUAGAGAAGAGCACACCUUAGUGACUUAG